AUGCGCGCCACCACUGCUAUCCUCGCCCUCGUCGGCACUGCUCUCGCAGCUCCCAACUGGCAAAGGCCCCAACCGAACAAGGAGGUGGAGAACGUUCACAUCGUUUACGAGACUGUCCUCUACACCGUCUACCAGACCGAGGGACAGGACCAGCCCAAGCCUACCAAGGCUUCCACCCCGGUUCCCCAGCCUCCUGUCGUGACCACUAUUGUCUACGAGGAGAACACCCCUACCCCUACUCCUACCAGCCCGGUCGUUGUCUACGAGACCAAGCCACCUGCACCCCCCAGCACCAAGGCCGCUGCCACCCCUGCCGCUCCUGCUCCUGCUGCCCCCACUCCUGCUGCCCCCGCUCCUGCUGCCCCCGCUUCCGGCUACCAGGCCAUUGUCGACACUUGGCGUGCUAAGAUGGGCCUGAAGCCCCUUACCAACGACGACAAGCUCCAGUCCAACGCCAAGGACUGCGUUGUCUCGUCCAACGGCCAGAUGGUCCACAAGCUCAACCCCGGCUCUUACGGUCAGGUUCUUGCCCCCGGCAACGCGGACGACUUCGAGCACGUCUUUGUUGGUGGCUGGCUCUGCGAGAUCCCCACCCUCCCCGGUCUCGACGGCAUCUGCUCCACCCAGUCUGACGGCUGGGCCUACGAGGGCCAGACCGGCCACGCCGAGAUUCUCACCUCUGACAACUACUCCAAGAUCGGCUGCGCUCUGUACGCCGGCAUCUGGGCCUGCGAUCUUGCCUAA